CUUGCCGUUCUGUACAAAUUAAAACUGCAAAGUCUUCUUAUGACAAAUAUUUUUUUGUUCUCUAAUAAAUUUUAGUAUAAUUGAAUCUCUUCUGCGCCCAGUACAUUAAUAACAGUCCAGUUAUGUAAACAAACGUAAAUAUUAGCUCAGCCUUAUGUAGGUGCUAAUUGUUCUGAUUUCUUGAGCACCGUUAAACGAAAUCCUCGAGAGCAUUGGGUACGUUGUGAACAAUUACAGUUUGAACCAUGUUGCGUCUAGUCAGCUUAAUAGUCUUCUUUUUUGGAAAUUCAGUUAUCUGUCAAAUUCAGUGGUUGGACAAUAAUGAUAAUAAUGUUAUGACAACGCAGAAUUCAAUGCUUCAAGGAAGAUUUUUCCCGCUAUUCAGUGUUAUUCGUUUUGCAAAUUCACAAUGUCUGGCUAACAACAAUUUAAAUGGCACUUGUUUCACCAGAAGAGAAUGUCGUGACUAUGGUGGAACACCAUCUGGUACUUGUGCAAAUACACAUGGUGUUUGCUGUGUUUUUCAAAAAACAUGCAGUUCCACUACAAAUAUAAAUAAUACAUAUUUUACAAAUCCAGAAUACCCAACAACUUAUGAAGGUACUGGAAGAUGUACAAUAACAGUGCAACGUUGUAAUUCAAAUAUAUGUCAAUUACGUUUGGACUUUCUAGAAUUUAGUCUUGCUUCACCAAAUGCUAGCGGCAUUUGUGAUUAUGAUCUUCUUUUGGUUUCUGGAUCUGGUACUUUAGUACCUCGAAUUUGUGGAGAAAAUGCAAACCAACAUGUAUAUGUCGAUUUCAAUGGUGAUACACCUAUUAUGAUUUCAAUUGAUACUAAUUCUGAGUAUGCUACGGAUCGUCGCUGGAAUAUAAGAAUUCAGCAGAUACCUUGUGAUUCUACAUCUAAAGCUCCAAAUGGGUGCUUACAGUAUUAUGAUACUGUUUCAGGCACUGUAACAAGCUUCAAUUACGGCACAACACAAAAUCCAAGAGCACCAGAACUUGGUACUAGACAGAUUGCAAAUACAAAUUAUGGUGUGUGUGUACGAAUGGCACAAGGAUAUUGUGCUAUUGAAUGGUCUCAAACAAAUCCAAAUUCAUUUUCUGUUUCUGGAGAUACAGGUUCUUUCGAUUCUACCACUAUAGGUACCGAAUUUGCAGCAGAAUCAGGGACAGAUUGUACUAAAGAUUUCGUUAUCGUUCCACAUCCAUAUGUAAAUGGUAGUCCAGUUGGCGUAGAGCGAUUUUGCGGUAACGGUUUUGUAACCAAAACAUCAUAUUCUAAACCAUUUGUCUUGUAUGUUAUUACAAAUGGAGACGAGGAGGGAGAAAUUGAAAAUAAAGGAUUUUCACUAACAUAUCGUCAAGUACCUUGUGCAGUUUGAACUAAAAAGUACCUCCAUUUUGUACACAACUUAUGUAGCAUAAUACAAUUAAUUGUGUACUAUGUAUCUUAAUCAAUGUAAUUUUAAAAUAAGUAAAAAUUAAGUUUAUAAUAAAAU